CUUGGAGGAAUAAACCUCCUUUGGUUCUCUAUCUCCAAGCCAAAUAGUUUUGUUAUGUAAUGUCGAGUUUUUUUCCCUGACUCAUGCUCAUUCUUGUACUACACAGUUGCACAUCUGAGAAAUCGACGAUAAUGUUUUCUUGCUUCUUCAGAUAGCUAGUGGGUUUCUUGUAAGAACAAACUGCUGACCGGGCCAAGACAACUGUCGGAAAGAUGAUGUCCGUCUGCAAGAUGAACAAGCAGAUUUUCCCCACCUUUGCCUUCGUAGUGGUGUGCGUACAGUUUACCUGCCAGUAUACCACUGCCAACGGACUCACAUCCAAAGUCUUGAUAACCAAUGACGGACCAACUAUCCUGGGCGCAACCACGACGUUCACCGCGAAGCUCAGCUUCGUCAACGAAACUGUCAAAACGUUGCCCUCCAACAAGACGGCAAAGGGCGAGCCCACGUACUUGUAUGCCUAUUACUGGAAGCAGUGGAUUUGUGACGAGUACAAAGUGGUCGAGAUUAAACAGAACGCUUCGUGCAAUUUCACCCAGACGUACACAUGUUCCGGAGACAUUGGUUCUCACACAGUUACUGUUGACGUUAGGAAGAACACUUUCAUCAUCAAACCUUUGGUAACAAGUAACACCACUGCCUUCCAGAUAUCAGAGCACAUAAACGCCAAUCUAAGCGUCAAGCAAGGAAUAUCCUGCAAUUCCUCCUAUGGCGCCGAAACCUGCAACGUCGUUGCAACCAACAAGUCUGUGGACAUGGUGGUCGACAUUCACGACCCCAGCAACUUCUUCAAAGGUGCCACCUUGCUGUAUCACUGGAGGUUUGGAGAUGGAGUUGCAGAUACCACAAUUAAUCAGCCCGCAGUUUCCCAUAUGUACAAGAAACCAGGGCAUUAUGGGAUAACCGUGAACAUGACGGCCAUCUUUCCAAAUGACGCUGAGGGUGAAAAGCAAAGGCAGCCUAAGACUGGAAACAUCAAAAAGAACCUACACACAAUGGAUGCGGUAAGGAAUCUGACGAUCAAAGGAAAAGGCAAUUUUCCAGCUGGCGUAAAAGAGAGUUACAACAUAUCCUGUCUUGCAAGUCUGCCCGUUGAAGUCUGCUGGUACGUCAUCCCUAUUACGACCCACACGUUGCUGACAGGCUAUUCAGACACGAUAAAGUGCAAUCAACAAGUGCUGACAAAUAGGACGUGGUUUGAAAUCCAUCAGUGGUUCAACACUAGUGGAGGCUACAGCAUCGGGGUACGUGCUCAGAACACCGUCAGCAAUGCAAACUCCAACAAGAAUGUACAUGUAGAGGACUCUGCGAAUACAGUCGUCGGUCUGGUCAUCGGGGUUCUCUUCGGCGUAGCUGGCUGUAUCCUCUGUGCCGCCGUCAUCACCAGCCACAUGCGAGGGCACAGACAACGCCACGUUGAGGUGGCCAACUUUGAUUUCCAGAGCCAGGCACAGCGCAGCCUGACGCUGGGCACCAAAAUCCGGCAAUUCUUCUCAGGAGGCUCAAGAGAGGAAAGCAUGCCCCUCUCGCAAGAUUUCAAUCGAAAUCAGACUGUUUGAGGAGACCAGCACUGGUCCGAAGUUAAAACAUUUGAUACCAGAAUUUAAGCAGUAUUCUUCUUUCUAAGUCCGGCCAAUUAUUUUGAACACUUUCAUUAUGCAAAAAUACUCAAAGUUUUGUUUCACUUCAAAAAUAUUUAUAUGGUGUUUUGGAGUAUAUGUAUAUAUUGAAAUAGAUUUUGUAGGUUUUUUGUUGUAUACGUGUACAAGAACUGGAGGUUUCCCCAAUCAUCAUGCAGGAUAUGGUAUGCCAUUAUUUAUGCCAACGUUGAAAUCCUAUUCAUCACACCAUUUGUAACUAUUAAAACAUGUGCACAGAAUCACACAAUGAAAAAAAAAUCCUCAAUUUUCCCAUUGCCUGUAAAUUAACUAUUCCUAAGAUGGAAUUUGUGCCGGGGUGAUGUACAUCAAUAUUAGGUUUGGCCCUUCACCGACGUAUAAACACUGCAUAUCAGUGAUUCUUUUUCCAACUUUCACUCGGGAGGUAACACACUGAGUAUACAGUUUUUAUGUGAAGGAGAAUACACGAGAAAGUGUGGAUUCGUAAUUUAAGAAUUCACGAGGCGCGAAGCGCCAAGUGAAUUUCGUAAAUUGAGAAUCCACACUUGCAAAUGUAUUCUUCGACUUAAACCAUUGCAUCUGCAGAAGAUUUGUCGUUCCGAAUCCACACUUUGUGACCAGUGUAAGAGAUUUGUAGUUCCGAAUCCACACUUUUAACCAUUUUGUAACGUCAUACCAAUGGUUUAAACGUCGGUGAAGGGCAACACCUAAUAUUGAUGUAAAAUUAACCGUCCGUUACAUUUCUUCUGCACUGCAAAUGGUUGGGGAUCCUCGUUAUUAAUCGUGGUCGGCAGCUUUGUAACAAAACUUUUUUUGCAAAAUAUAGAAGAUAUUACGUACUUUUACAUACUACAAAGGGGACUAUGCAAUUUUUAAGUACAUGUACAAAUGUAUGCUUGUUUGUUGAUGCAUUCUCAUGAUCAUGAAAAUUUCUUUUUGAUAUUAGCGGUGUAAAUACAUGUACAGCAAUGCAAGGCAGUAUUAAAUGCUAAUAGUGGCAUUUCUUACCUUUUAAACCUCACCCAGAAUUUAGUACGGUAAUGAUGAAACUGGUGAUACAGUUACAAUCAGUUUAGUAAAGCGCUGGUUUUUGCAGGUUUGGAAAUAGGCCCAAUUUCAUGGUGUUGAGCUAAGCACACAGGUUUUUAAUAUUUGUUAGAUUGGUGGAUGCGUGUGUAUACAUGAUGAAUCGGUGGAGAUGUGUAGAUAAGUGUGGUGGACAUGUACAGCUGAUUUUCUCGUUUUUCACUAUAUAUGCCAUAAAAAAAUUGAAGAACACUGUAUAAAGUCUUGUAAAGCUUGGUCUACUCCUAUUUUUGGUGUUACUUUCUGGUUGCAUGCCUGAUUUUAGGAUGGCAUUAUGUGUGUAUUAAAACAAUUGUGCAAACGUUGAUUGUGUAUACCCAAUGAUUGUGUAUACGUUGUAAAUAAAGUGUUGUAUUUUGUAAUGUUGCAUCGGCUAUUUAAAUUUGGGAUAUUUUUACAUGCUUUUUCCAUCCGAUCAAAUGUAGAGUAGUAAUUUAAAUGCAAAUGUACGAACUUUACCUGUGUUAUUUUAAUACAUGUAUGUGAAAUUGCAUAAAAAUAUAAGUGUUAUUGUAAAAAAAAAAAGGAAGAUUUAAUCUUUAUAUGUGAAUGUAUCUCAUAACAGCUUUCUUGUUUAUCACCGAUUUGAAAAAAAGUAAAUUAUGUGGUGUGUGGAUGAGAUAAAGUGCCAAUGGGCCUUAUGCACAAGUCGGCCAUUUUGAAUUGAAAUUGAGGUAAAAUCUAAAUUUUGGGAACUUGCGAAGAGCUAGAAAUGAUCAAGCAAGUUAAUUGCCAAUUAAUUCCAGUCUGCUUCAAUGAAUAAUUAAACAUUUGGAAUAAAACAUUCCCUUUAUGUUUAAAGCCUGAUUAAAAAAAUCUGGCAGUAAAUAAAGGCUGCGUUAUGCCUGCAUGAAUAGUCUGGCGCCACCCCAUUCAACAGUUAACAAUUAUUGAAAUACAUUAAGGGGACUUGACCAAAAUGGCCAACUCGUGCAUAAGGCCCAUGUUACUUUCUGACAGGUUUUUAAAAGAUGUGAUUCUUAAAAAAAAACACGGACCAGUCAGAUCUCGAGUCAACAACUUUGUUGUGACACACUGCCAAUUGUGGGAUGGGAGGGGAAAACAGGUAAAGUGGGAGGGUGUUUCAAAAUUCUGUCGCACUUUGAUAUAAAAGUAGUUUUAUAAAAGUGGUUGUUGUAAAACGUUUUGUGCACUUUUCAUUGCCUUUAACUUAAGCACUUACAUGUACAUGUUGUUUAUUGAAGUUUUGACUUGUAGUUAGUGUGUAGUUUCUGAAAUGUUGAAUAAGCCAUUUGCGAGUAACCUAUACCCUUUGGGAUUUACAUUUGAAAAACAUCUGGUACACUGACUUGCUCAUCAUGCUCGGCACAUUUUAACUUUGAAUUCUCCAGACCAAAGACACCGUUGCUAAUCAAAUGAUUCAGGGCAAGCUCUUGCAUAGUUGCGAAAGAGACGCUCAGCACCAAUACAUUGUUUACAAUGGAUGAGAUGGCACAAA